CCUUCGAUACUCAACACAAGUUUACAAGAAUUAUUCCAGCGUUUUUUUAAACAUCUAAGUUUGAUGAGCCGGCACGAUGGAUGAGUUUGCAACAAUUAAGUCGAUCCAAGGAUAUGAAGCCAUUCUGAAUACUGUACUUAAGAACCAGAUUAAAAUACUGGUGGAUCAGCUCUAUGAACAAACUGGAGAAGAAGCAUUCCUGUUGACGGCCAGUUUGAAAGAGGGAACGUUCUCCUACCUGGGGUCCAAGUAUGGAAAAGAUUUCCUCGAAAAAAAUAGCAAGUUUAAAACAGAGUUCUUUGGAUAUUGUCUAAGUGAACAAAAGAAGUAUGAAGACACACUACCAAUUCUGGGUAAAAGAAAACUGAACUCCACACCAAACAAACCCCCUGUGAGGUUCAAGAAGAUGAAGAUCUUUAGCACAGACCCUACUGCUCAAGAGACCUCAAUGGCCACAUCAACUGUACAAUCCCAGCUGCAGUCCCUCAGUCCACUCAAAGCUGUACCCGUUGCAUCAGGCAUGCCUCAGGAAAUUUUGACAGUGAUGCCCCAACCAGAUGGAACAUACUCUUGUGUAGAUAGCUUCUACCUUGAAAAUUCAGAGACAGGGGAUGGAAUGCAGUUUCUUGCAGUGCCAAUUGAGGAAGGUGGUGAUGAUAAUGAAAAUGAAACCCACGACGAGGAACAAGAGGAAAUUGAACCAUUUGUGCCUCUUGAAAUGGAGGAACACAUGAAGGUCUAUGACAACGUCGAAGAUGUGAAUAAAGCCAUUAGAGAGUAUGAAAUACAGACUUCUUCCCGAUUCUCUGCAUUCUCGUCAACCAAAAACUUUGGAAAUUCAGCUUUACCAUCUGGAAAAAAGAAAUUUAACUACACAAAUUCAGAAGCACCCUAUACAAUACUUGGCAAGAAAGUUCUGUAUUGUCAUCUUGGAAUUUUGAAAGGGGACCGAAUUAAGGGAUUCAGAUCGAAAAAAAAGACUCCUAAAGCGGACCAUGACAAAUAUGCAAAGAAAGAUGGUGACGACAAUGAAGGUACGAAAACCGUUAAGGAACGCCAUGUGGGUACGAUCACAGAAAAGUGGGGUUGUCGGGCAAGAAUUGUCAUCAAGGAGGUGCUGACGUUUCCUCUUAUCGCAGAAUGUGAAUACAGGGCCGAAAAGAAGAGGGCAUUGCAAGAGUUCAAGAAUAACAUGGAAGAAUCCGGACAACGGAAGUUCUUUACCUUUUUCCCAGCGACAAACUCCCAUUCUGAACAUCCCAAUGCUAACAGUGAGAGAAUGGAUCCAAUUCUGAUCAAGAAAGUCGAAGAGUUGGUAAAGCAAGGCAUCACGGACAAUGACGAAAUUAAGCAACACUUGACAGAGUUUGUGCACGCAACAAUUGGACCUAAUGUUCCAAGAAAUAAUCAUCGGUUCUUUCCUUUGCAAAGGAUACUUAGAAACCAUAUAAGGAGAUGUGAGAAUCAGUUUUUGGGACCAAGACCUAAACCAGUUCGACCACAAUCAGCGAGAGUUAGAAAGAGGAAGAAGCAGCAAUCUUCUGUGGUGGACACGUUAGCGCCAAAUGUGCCCCGUGAGCAGGACUUUCUGGUGUUUAUGCAGUAAACUGUGAUCUCUAGUACUACUUGUGUGCUUGAUUUGUGACAGUCAAGAAAAGUUAACCAAAUUCAACAUGUGUAAGAAGAAAAAGUAGAAGAAUUUUAUUUACUGGUAGCUAUAACCUUACAGCCCAGGGUUUCUAAAAGUUUGAAAUCUCAGUUAAACUUGUACAUUUUUAUCAACGUUUAACUAUGCCUAUACAAAAUACAUUUUGAUCAGUUUGAGCAUAAAUCAUCAUUAAAACGCAAUAAUUCUUAAACAUGUUAAUGGCUAUUCCAGUAACACAUAUAACCCAUGGGGGAAAGGCAAUUAUUUUCGAAGCAUAUGGGUGGGUGUCUUUUUUCACUAAUUUGGACCCCAAAAGGGUAAAUUUGCUUCUUUAGGGGGUAGAUAUAAAUCAAAAGUGCUGCAUUCCCCCAGGUUGUUAUACAUUUAAAUGUUAUAGUCCAAACAUGUAAGUAGGGUGUAGAAGAACCAAGGUCUUAGAAUGGUAAUUAUUUUCCAUUUACAUGUAUUUGUAUUUUGCUUUUCAUUUUUCUGAAAUUAUGCAAAAGGAGGUCAUCAUUUUCAGCUCAUCUGUUUGGGGUUAUUGUUUUUAUUAAAAACAAAACAAUGUGGUAUCAUCAUAGCCUUGAUUGUUGUAAUUGUUGGCAGCAUUAAUUCUUAGGGCAAAAAAAAAUCACCAGCAAUGAUUCAAAAGCUGUUAAUUAGAUCAAACUUGGUACACAUUCUGCAAGUGACAAUGUGUACAUGUACAGUAAGGCUUUCAAGGGGCUAGGAACCAGAUGAUUCAUUUGCAAGAGAAUAAGAAAUUUGUCAAAAGCUUGACAUUAAAAGUGACAUUGCUGUGUACAUCCCAUUGAAUCUUACUUAUGAUGUAUCACAUUGCUUACGACACUCGCAUCUUUCGCAGUUUUUGCACAUUUUGCCAAUUCGAAAUUUACUUUGGUUGUCUACCAUGUAAAUCCCAGUAAAUUUAAAUAUAAUGUCGGUAUAUUAUCUAAACUCAUAAGCGGAUAUGAUUUAAACUGGGAAACCAUAACAUGUUAUUUUUAAAGGGGGAAACACAGAUGAGACUGCAACAUGAUUGUUGCAUUUAUUACUUUAACCAUGUAAAGUGUCAUCGGCCUCUUACUAGCUCACAUUGACAAUUCUAGGCUUGUUUUAAGGAAACACUGCAUUUGCCAAUAUUUUGACUAUCUGGUGACUGCAUUUGCCUAUAUUUUGACUAUCUGGUGACUGCAUUUGCCUAUAUUUUGACUAUCUGGUGACUGCAUUUGCCUAUAUUUUGACUAUCUGGUGACUGCAUUUGACUAUAUUUUAACUAUCUGGUGACUGCAUUUGCCUAUAUUUUGACUAUCUGGUGACUGCAUUUGCCUAUAUUUUGACUAUCUGGUGUCUAGCCCCUUAAAUAAUUAUUCAGUUACGACCUUUUUUACUAAAAAAUGCAUAAGAUGUCUAACUGUUGCACUCCUAUUGUUCUCUUAAGAUAUGAUUUCUUCUUCAUUUGAAAUUGCAUGGUUAUUGCAAGUUAAUUACUUAAUGUACAUACCAUAUUUACAUAAUGGGCCGAUUGGUCAGAACUUUGUUAAAGUUGACAUGAUUAGUGACAUUGUUGUUAACUUUUAAACACAAACUAUUUGAUUUGAUGUUUACUUAUUUAAAUAUGAACAAGAACAGCUGAAACAAUUGCCAUUCAUCUUGUUAGUUAGAAUACUGAAGAUCACAAGUGUAUCCAUUAACUUCCAGAGCAGUAAAUAUAUAAAAGUUAACAACGAUGAUGUUAACAACAUUGUUGACUUUAAUAAUCUUCUGAACAACCAGCCCAAUGUCAGUUAGAAAGAGUUUUAAUCCUAUUAUUGUAUUGUGAAAACUUUAAUUUAGUAUUUGCAAUGAUGUUAUAUUCACUCAUUUAAUUGAAUUGUUAGAGGAGGGACACUAUAGGUCACACAAAAUAUUUUUCUUUAAACAAGGAAUUGUUUUAUUAUUACAAUGAAUGGAGCAAUAUAUAACAAGACUCUUUAAUGUGUAUUUUAAUCGUUCAUUUUUUUUGUUAAUCGAUGAUUUGUGCAUGUAAUGCAUGUAUGUUCAAUAAAAAGUA